CAAGGCAGUGGAUGCCAUUGUCAAAAGUUGGAAUGUCCCUUGCAGAAUUUUCCCUCAUUGCAAGGGCUGGGUUGUGCUCAAAUUUGAAAAUGACAGGGGUAUGAGGUGUUGGGUAUGGAAACAAGCAAGGCUUAUGGAAAGGAAUUCAUAUUAAAGAUCCCCUCUCAUGGAUUUAUGUUUGACUUCUCUGAGUUUACAACUCUCCCUAUCUGGAUUCAACUGCAUAAUGUUCCUAAGCAAAUGUGGUCAGAGGAGGGUAUUGGGAUGCUGGCUUCAAAGGUAGGGAAGCCCCUCAGAACUGACUUGGUUACAAAACAGCUGGGCAAGAGUGGGUUUUGCAUAGUCCUUGUUGAGGUUGACUUCUCCAAAGAGCCUGUGACUUCCUUUGACGUGGCUUGUAUGGGUAAACUGUACACCCAAACUGUGGAAUUUGAAGAGGACCCCAAAUACUGUUUUCACUGUAAAACAUGGAACCAUGGCCCUUUUCAUUGCAGAUCCCUGGAGUUGAAGAAGAACCUGGAAGCUAAUGCUGCCCAGAAGGGUAAGGAUACACCUUCUUCUAGGAAGGAAUGGGUUGCUAGUGGCAGUAGUAUAUUAGGAGCCUAUUCUGAGCCCAUAGGUGGCCUUAUUCCCUCUUCUUCAAACAAACCUAUUGAACAUGCCAAGGAACCACUCAUUGGGGCUGGUGUUCUGAAUAAUGGACCUAAUACGAAACAUGCAGGGGAUACUGAUUUGGGACUGAAGAAAAAGAAAACUGUUGAUGGUAACAUGGUUGGGAAGAGACAAGAAGGCAAGAAAGGUGGAAAGGGGAUUGCCCCUCCCCCUAGAUGAAUAUCUUCUGCUGGAAUAUUUGAGGACUUUCUAGGUCCUCUAAACAAAAUUUUUUGUGUAAAUAUCUUUAUGAACUUGGUGUCCAUUUUGCCUGCAUUCUGGAAACGAAAAUUUCAAGAACCAAGUUGGAUAUGUUUGUGAAUGCCAAACUUCCAGGCUGGAAAUAUACCAGAAAUUUUGAGUUAUUUCCUGGUAGCCGUAUGCUAGUUUUAUGAGAUCCCUACUUUUUUGCUUGUGAUGUGCUGGAGAUUGGUGACCAAUACAUCCACUGCGCUGUCAGGUGUCUAACAUCUCAGAAGGAAUUUUGCUUAACAUUCAUCUAUGGUCUAUACACUGUCACUAUUAGGAGAGCACUUUGGGAUAAACUCUCCUCUUUUGCUCAUAAUAUGACAAAGUCAUGGGCUCUGUUGGGGGACUUCAACUGGCAUCCAAUGAGAGGGUUAACUGUAUGAGUCAUGUAUGAGUCAGGGAGCUUACUAUUUGACUGAUUUGCAGAUUUUUAAAUCCUUUAAUUGCCUUGAGGAUGUACCUUCUAAAGGCUUGUUCUAUACUUGGCAUAAGGGGAAUAAGCUGGCCAAACUUAAUAGAGUUUUUAUCAACCAAGAAUGGGCUGAUAUUGGCUGGGCUCCUACCUGUGAUUUUAUGGACUUUAAUCACCUAACUGAUCAUAGUCAUAUGCUGCUAUAUUGUGGUAGUCCACCUGUUGGAAGGAGUAAGCCAUUCAAAUUCUUCAACAUGUGGAUUAAGCAUGAGGAGUUUCAAUGGUUGGUUACCCAAUCAUGGGGGACCAGGGUCAAUGGGUCUAAACAAUUCUCUUUAUGUUCUAAACUGAAGAGGCUUAAACCACCCUUGAAGACCCUUAACAAAAAUGCUUUUGGUCAUAUUUCUAGAAGAGCUUUGGAAGCUAAAGAAGAAUACAGACUUAUUAUGAAGGAGGUCAUGGCAGACCCUAACAAUCAAGCUUUGGUAGAUGAUGCUGAGACUAAGAGGAAAAGAGCUAAUUUACUUUUAGAUGCAGAGUUGGAAUUCUAUCAGCAAAAGGCUAAGUGUGAUUUUCUUAUGAAAUAUGACAGAGGUACUAGCUACUUUGAUUCCCUGGUCAAGAAAAAUAGGAAGAAACAUGCGAUCUCGUUUUUUAUUAAGGAUGAUGGAACUAAAACUACCUCAAGUGAUGAGGUUGUAGGGUGUUUUUUUGAGUUUUAUCAGAAUCUAUUUGGUACCACACCUCAAGUAGGGCCUAUUGUUGAUGAGGUUUUGGCACCCGGAGCCACUGUCCCUGAAUCUGCCCAUUCCAGAUUACUUGCUAUGGUUACUUUGGAGGAGGUCAAGGAUGUGGUUUUUGACAUUGGUAAUGAGAAAGCCCCUGGACAAGAUGGGUUUACAGCAGCUUUUUUCAAAAACCAAUGGUCACUGGUUGGUCAAGAUGUUUAUGAGGCUGUCGCGGAGUUCUUUAUUUCAUGGAAACUACUGAAGCAGAUCAACCAUGCUAUGAUUGUUUUAAUUCCCAAAACUGUCCACAACCCUUCUGUGAAGGACUUUAGACCUAUUGCUUGUCUAAAUGUUCUUUACAAGAUCAUUACGAAGAUUCUUGGGAAGCGCAUGGCACCUCUCCUUAGUGACUUGAUUGAUCCAGCCCAUGGGGCGUUUGUACAGGGCAGAUCACUAGUUGAUAACCUACUCCUUGCUCAACACUUGAUCAAAGAUUAUGCUAUCAGGAGAUCCACUCCCAGCUGUAUGAUUAAAUUGGAUAUCACAAAAGCAUAUGACACUGUAUCUUGGAGAUUCCUCGAGGAUGUCAUGCUAGCUUUGGGAUUCCCUUCCAGAUUCGUUGCUCUUGUUAUGGAAUGUGUUACCUCUGCCUCUUCUUCCAUUAUGGUUAAUGGAGAUUCUCAUGGAUUCUUCAAGAGCAAUCGUGGGCUGAGACAGGGGGACCCUAUGGCACCAACUCUCUUCCUUUUCUGUAUUUAAUACUUUUCGAGAUUACUCAACAUCAAAACCAAAGAGGGAACUUUCGACUAUCACAAGGAUUGUGCUAACUUGAGAAUCACACACUUGGCCUUUGCCGAUGAUCUUAUGCUUUUUUCUAGGGGAGACCUCCUUGUCUGUGCAAGUGCUUAUGGACUGUUUGGAGCAUUUCUCAAGUGUAUCGGGUUUGGUCCUUAACCCUACCAAAUCUAAUAUCUUUCUUGCUGGGAAAUACAGGGAUACUAGCCAUGACAUUCUGGGUAUGGUUUCAUUCCCUCGUGGCCAACUCCCAGUGAGAUACUUGGGUUUGCCUUUGGAUUCACAUAGGAUCUCUGAAGCAGAUUAUGCACCUCUAUUCAAAACUAUCGAAGGAUUCCUCUCUAAGUGGAAGACUAUGAAGAUAUCAUAUGCAGGAAAGUUGGAAUUGGUUAGAGCUGUCAUCUAGGGAGUCCAAUCUUUUUGGCACCAAACUUUUCCUGUCCAGAAAUAUGUUCGUGAUCGCAUCACAUCCCACUGCCGUGACUUCCUUUGGGGGAGCAAAUUCGCCAAAGUGGCUUGGUCUGAUAUUUGUAAACCCAAAAUAGAGGGGGGUCUGGGGCUUAAAGAUGCUGGUAAUUGGAGUGAUGCCUUAUUAUGGAAGCAUCUUUGGAAUCUGGCAGCCAAGAAGGAUUCACUUUGGGUGAGAAGGGUGCACUCUGUUUAUAUUAAAGAUGCUGAUUUUUGGCAGUGGCAACCCAAAAAGAGACAUUCUGUAUUCUUUAAAAGGUUAGCCUAUGUGCGAGAGCUUUUGGUUCAAAAGCUUGGUGACCAUAAUUCCUCUAUGGAAGUGGCUUUGCAACCUUACUGUCUGGGGAGUAUCCUUGUUCCAAGUAAGGUUUAUGACUUGCUUAGGGUAAAGGCCAACCCCAAGCCUUGGAUGACUUUCAUUUGGCACUCAACUGUUCAUCCUAAAUGUUCAUUUACGAUGUGGCUUGCAUUUAGGAGGAGGUUACCCACCAAAACUAACUUGGAAUUUUUGGGAAUUCCAUUGGAUUGCACACUUUGUGGUCAAGCACAUGAGGAUGUGGACCAUCUGUUCUUUGGGUGCAGCGUCUCACAGCAGGUUUGGGGGGACUUUUAAACAUUGGUUACGCAUUGAUGGGCAUUUGAGCAAUUUAGACAAGGCUGUCAGAUGGAUGAAGUCUUUCCGAAGAGGGGAUGCUAUUAUGAAGAAGACGAGGAAGAUUGCUCUAGCUUGCACGGUGUUCCAUAUCUAGAAGCAAAGGAAUGCCACCCACUUUGACCGAGAACCUCUUUGCGUUGAGGCUAUGAUUUGUAAAAUCAAAGUGAUGGUUUUUUCUAUAUUGGGGAGGCUUUGGCCUUUGUAUUCCCUUCCGUAGUGAUCUUUUGUUUUUUUGGUGCUUAUUGGCCUGCGUGCCUUGUGUUUGCUUGAUUGUUGGUUUUAUGGUGUUUGUAACGGUGCCAUGAUGGCAUUUGUUGGUUUUGGAUCUGGUUCUAUACCACUUCCACGCUCGGACCACAAACACUUUUCAUGCAGACUUUCUUACCAGUCAUGUAACAAAAGUGAACCAAAGUAAUGCAUUUACAUGAGAGGACAAUGCAUUCUCAGAAUCACGGUAAAGGAUAAUGCAUUUUGUUAUUAUGCAUUAUAUUCUUAGAAUCAAAGUGAAAUUAGUGAAAUUCUCUAGAAGUGAUGCAUGUAUAUAUUCUAGACAUUGCAAAUUCUAAAAGCUUUGAUGCAUUUAAAAUUUUCUAUGAUACAUUUGAUUAUGUGUUAAAAGCACGCAUUGAAUGAUUCUAAUUUUAAAAGAAAAAUAUGUGUAUUUA